CAUUCUUUUAAAAGGGUUGGGGGAGGGGGGAAGGAAGGGGAAAGACUUCAAUUCAGGAAUUCAGUUUCUUGUGGACAUUUAGUAUUAUUGUUUUUAAAAGAAAUCAUAAUACAGUGUGCCAUAAAGUAUUAUCAUUUGAAAUAAAAAUAUUUUUGGAUGCUAAUACAUCUGUAUCUUGCAUUUGAAGAUAUUAUUUGACUUGCUCAAGGAAAUUAGUCCAACAAAUUAAUGUCCACAUACUGUCUCUUACCUGCAUGUAUUUACUGUCGUAGAUCGUAUCGUUAUAUUGUUAUUCAUGUACUCACAGACACUUGUAUUUGUGAUGAAGUUUUCCCCAUACUCUUUAUACUAAAUAACGUGCCAGUAAUUUCUAUAUACAAAAUGUUAAGGUCUGACACAACCUAUCAUCCAUUAUUUCAAAUUUUUUUGUAUCUUUGCAAUGUGAAGAUUUCCACUUUUAUAAUUUCAAUGUUAUAUUUUUAUGUUAACUAAUAUUUUUCUAUCUGGAUAUAUAGUUUCAAUUAAACGAUAUAUACUAUGUCAUAAUUAAUAAGCAUUAAAUUGCAUUUUGCAUGCCAUUAACAGAAAAAUUCAAAAUGUUCUAAUUCCAAAAAUAGCCAGGUAAUGCACCCUGAAUUUUUGGUCAUUAACAGGUUUAAAUCCAAAUAAAGAAAAAAAAUAAUCUAUUAAGGAAAAUGAUCCAAAACAGCGGAACUUUGUGUGUGUCCCUAAACAAUGGAUAUUUAGGUCUUGAAUCAUGCCUAUGAAUUUUUUUGAUUGAUCACAAUGUUAAAUGCAUAUAUUAAGAGAGAUUCUAACUUCUAACUGCAAACAACAUUAUCAAGUGCUUCAAUGAUUUUUAUUAUUAGAACAGAAGUAAUGAAGGAAUGCUGAAAUCUUUUUUUUUUAUCAACAUCUUAUUUUUAUGUAUUUUUAAUGUAAGAGGUAGAAAUAAAAGCAUAUUUUAUGAGGGGAAGUAUUGAUAAAGGUUCACUGAGGCAUCCCAAAAAAACUUCAUUCAAAGUUUCUCAUUUAAAUGUGUGCAGAUUAACAAUUAACAGUGUAAAAAAAAAAAUACAUAAUUUUCCUAAACCUUUAGAGCUGAGAAACAGGGUGAUCACAAGAGAUAAAAGUACAGUGAUGUCGAUACAUUGGUGUGAGAGCGAGAUUGUGUGGUAUUACUGGAUCAAUGAGAGCUAAGCUGAUGCACCGGAGAAGACACUGGUUAAUAAAUAUAUUUCAGAUCUGUGACAUACUGGGGAAAGACGGUGACAAAAUAUUUCUUCAAGGCAUUUAUGCGAGUCAGACAAAAUGAUGUGGACCUGUUUUUUCAGCUGAGAGCUAACUUUCUAAAUUGCAGUAAUUCACUCACAUUAUGAACUCGCAGAGAUACCUAAAAUGUAACCAGGCCAUGGGGAUUUACCGGUAGUUUAAAAUUUUGUUUUGAAUAUAUAUCUUGGUGACAUAUAUGAGAUAUAUAUUUUUUCUCGAAUGAGUGAGCAGAUUUUGGCAUUGACAGAUUUGCAUACUUUUGAUAUUAUGAUAGUCCUGCAUUAUAUUCUGUGACUGCAAGACGUGAAAAGUUUAUGAACUCUGGAGAUGAUAUGUAUUCUGUGUGAGGGCUAGAUGAUGAAAAUUGCUAUGCUCCUAUGGAGGAAGAGACUGAAAAUCAUCAUGCUCCUCAUGCUCUUUUUUACAGCAUUAGUUUACUUUUUAAAUGUUUCCUUUUUAGUCCUUGACUGUACCAAUGCAAAUGUUAAUAGAAAAAGGGCAAGCUUCCGUGAGAGUGAUGUGGAAAGGGGACACAGCUGCACAGAGAAGACCAAUUUUGUCUUUAUCAAGUGCAUGAAGUGUGCAACAGAAACUAUGGGGACAAUAAUCAGAAGGUUUGGUCUUGUGCGGAACUUAAAUUUUGUUGUACCAGUGAAAAACAAUAUCUAUUUAGGAUGGCCUUUUGUAAUUGAGGAAACGGAUUACAGACCUUCUAAAAAGCCUUUUAACAUUUUAAUGGAGCAUGCAGUUUAUAACAGCACAAAAAUGGAGAAAAUGAUGCCAAAUAAUGCUGUGUAUAUAACCAUCAUUAGAGAACCAUGGCGCCGAUUAACUUCCUCUUUUUGGUAUUUUAGUCUUGGUUACACAGUAGAACCCCCGGUCAAUUUCAGUGAGUAUAUUCAGAACAUUCAGAAAUACGAUGAAAUCUACAAGGAACCUGAGAAAAAAGCCUUCAGAUUUUGCUUUCCUAAUGGAUUCUCUGUGGUGAAAAAUUUAAUGGCACACUGUCUAGGUAUGCCCCUAGGAUUUCCCGCGGGUCACAAGGAUAUCUCCAUGAACGACACUGCAAUUAUGCAAUAUAUUGGAGAAUUGGAUGCCCAAUUUUCUCUCGUCAUGAUUGCCGAUUAUUUCCCAGAAUCAUUAGUUUUGUUGAAACACUUGAUGUGUUGGACAUUCAAGGACAUUCUGUAUCAUAGCAGUAAUGUCAGAAAUCAUAAGAUUCAGGAAAUCAUCCCUACUGAUGAGGAAUUGAAAUUGUAUUAUAAUUUUAGUAAAAUUGAUUUUAUCCUUUACGAACAUUUUAACAAAUCUUUUUGGAGAAAAGUCCAGAAACAAGGCCCAGACUUCUUUGAUGAGGUCAACCAUUUCAAAGUGGUGCAACUUUUGAUGGAGAGAUUUUGUUUUGUUGAAAAUAAUGCUAAUUCCAAAGGACAAUUUUUGACUAUUCCAAAGUCCAAAUUUAACCAAGAGUUUAACAUAUCUAGUGAGUACUGUAGUUACAUGACUAGAUAUCUUCUAGAGGACAUUAGAAAACAAUAUAACAGAAAUGAACUCGAUGGAGAUGCAUCAAAGUACUGGUAUGCCAAAGAGCCUGACAAAGGAGAGAUUCCAAAAAGAGGCUGCUCAUUUCCCCUGAUAUAGUUUAACAUGUUUGAAAUUUCAAAAUCAUUUGAUAUCAAUUAUAUACAGGUAUUGUGGAACACAAAUGGGUUACAUUUUUGUUUUGUUAGAUUUUUUUUUUGGUUGCUGCUAUCUUUUAAAAUUAGAUGAUGAUUAUGAGAAAUAUGAUAUUUAUACUUGUGAUGUACGCUGUGUGUUCAAUAAAAUGUGUGUCUGAGA